CUCAUGCUUCUCUGUGCCAUAAGAAAAAUUGAUAUAGAAGAGGGAAGUGGUAUUGAAGUAUGUAUAGGCUCUUCAGUUCUCUAUGAGAUUACGCCUUUGAUGUUCGACGGUGCUUCUGUGAAGCUGUGCACGGAGGAACAAUCCAAACUACGGAUAUCGCCCAAAUCUGAGCCUUGGGUCUUACAAACGGUUGGGAUGAAAAAAUUAGGAAAACGCUUGCUUCGCAAAGAUGACAAAAGUGUAGUGCUGAUUCAUGUCAAGAAAAUAAAGCAGCACAGAGCAGCGGAUGAUUCUACCACAGCCUCUCUUGCCUCCGUUGCAGAACGCCUGAAGGUUGAUGAAAAUCUUGAUGAGCCGAAAGUGAGUUCAGAUAUUUUGCCUCCUUCAAUUUUCAAAUAUUCUUGGUGA